AUGAUCCUUGGAUGGCCAAGCCCCAUCUGCCAACUGGUUCUACUUCUUUUUCUCAUGUCUCCCACACCUUCUAGUCUUGUCUGGGGGCAACAAGUUGAACCUUAUAGACGGGAGAACUUCAAUGUCCUUUUUGAGGGCCAGAAUGCGAUUUUUUACUGCGAUCCGAGUGGAUGGGAUCAUGAUAGCCUUACCUAUCAAUGGACUUUGAAUGAUACUCAUAUUAUUGCCACAGGAAGGACUUUCAAUGUCAAUAAUGUUAACAAGGGCGACAGCGGACUCUAUAAGUGCAUUGUUCGCGGAAAGAUUGAUAAUAAGGAGAUCGUGGCCGAACAAUCCACGUUUGCUUACGUCAAGAAAGCCGAAACUAUGCUCACCCAAGUGGUUGAUGAAGGUGUGUCAGUCACAAUUCUCUGUAACGUCUCCGAUUCAAAUAUACCACCAGGAGCCUCAAAUAUGCGUUACCAAUGGCACAACCCAAACGGUACUCUAAUUGGCAACCAAUGGUACUUGCGACUAGCCAAAAUCAAAACGCAUGAGUCGGGUGUCUACGUUUGUACUGUGUCAGUUGAUGUGGAUGGUGCCACUCAUGAAGCCAGCCGAGGAACAAACAUUCAAGUCAAGAGAGCUGGUAGUGUAGUCUUUCCCGGUCUAUCUGGACAUACAAUGGACGUUAAGGAGACGAGUCCGGUCUAUCAAACAUGCCGAGUUCUGAAAGACCAUGGAGGAGCUAACUACGUCUACCAUUGGCUCGGUCCCGACGGCAAGAAAAUUUCCGAUAACAAUCAGUUGAAAAUUGAUUACGCUUUACGAAGUAAGCACUCGGGAGCCUAUACUUGUGUCGCUACAACUAGAGAUAAUACUCAACGGGAUUUGGAAGGCACAAUCUACGUGAUUGUCUCUCCUCUGAGAUUCCAGAUCAAUACGCUGGCUGAAGACUUGCGACUGGGUGGUUUCACGCACCGCCGAGUAUCUGUCUCCCAACUCCCUCUUCCCACAGGUACGACGAGAGAACAAUUCGAAUACAUGUGGAUGACUCCAAACGGACAGCCUGCAACAUCACAACCCAGUCCCGAGAUGUAUAUUCCACUGCAAAGUCCUCAGCAGUUCGGGCUCUAUACUGUUCGAGUUCGUGGACUAAACUCUGGAUACAAGCAUGAACUUCAGAGUGACGUUCGCAUCCAAUAUCCGCCUCCAAACGGCUACUCACUGCGAAUCUCAGGUCAAGCGGGUCCUAUCACUCCAAAUUCACGAGUCGAAGUUUUAUGCGAACUCCAACCGACUCAUCCUGCUGGUGCAAAGAUUCGUUGGUUAAACGCUCAAAAUAUGCCAGUGGCUCCAGAUGGGCGUCUCAUUAUUGAACGCUUCAAUGUUGUUAAUGAGGGUAGCUAUGUUUGUGAGGCCGUACUUCCUGAUGGACUGAUUCUUCGACAGGAACGGCUCGAUAAACCGGGUAUCAAGUAA